GGAAUUUUCUCUUUGUGAACGCACUGGUUCAAAAACGGAAGACAUGCCCAAAAUCCUCUCAAAUACUCUUAAGGUACAAAAAACCUUAAGAGAUAUGCACCGAACUUUAAUUGAGGCGAUAUCUGCCGAGGGAGGUGGGACACUGUCAAAACCGGUUCUUCAAGCGGGAACCAAAUUAUUGAUGCCCGGAUUUCUUUCGUCACACUUUUUUAUUCGCGCAAUACUUAUUAUCUACAUUGGAAGUGGAUUUUAUGCAUCCGUGAAUUUAGCUGAUGUCUACAUUCCAACGAAAUAUCAAGAACUCGAGUUUAUCAUUAAAAUAUCACGGACUAUGCUCCAAAUCAAGAAAUUAUUAUCAGUUACUAUUUCUCGGUUUAAGCAAAUGAAAAGCAGAGCUGAAAGAGAGAAAUUUGCACCCGGAAAAGUAACCAUACCUGCUAGACAGGAGGAGUACAGAUCAUUCCAAAAACCAAAGGUUCCGAAAACAAAAG